AUUGCUCUUAACUCUUAAGGUACUUGUGCAUUACUAGGCCAAGUUUGCUUUUUCAGCACUGUUGACUAUUUCCUGCAUCGCAUUGCAAUUUGCAUCUAUUAAACAUCUGCUACAGCAAUUAUGCAAGUCAGCGUUAUGUGUACAACGUAAAAUGAAGUUAUGAACUGCGACAUGGGAUAUUAGUUGGUUGCAGUAAAUAUUUUUUUGCGUUUACGACGUUUGAAAUAAUUCUUUGCGUUUUUGCGUUUUGCGUUUGCGUAUAAUAAAGCGUUUACGGACCCAUUCAGGAGAAGUCCGCUCUCACGAAUUUCUUCGAUAGCGACUGUCUCUUGAGAUACAACGCGGCAACGCCGCCUCUGUUUUGGGCACCAUAGAGAGAGUGGAAAUGUUUAAUGAGCUCUUGUUCAUUUAGCUGUUCUUAAACCGUGUACGCGUUCGGCUUGAAAUAAAAAUUAAGUUUUAAUUUUUUGUUGACUAUUGCUUCAUCGGAAAUAAAUAUGUUUUUUAACUAUUCGUUUGAAAACCUCCACUUACGCCGCCGAUCUGUAAAAAUUCAAUGCAAAUUCUUAUAAAAUGAAGGUUAGAUAACUUGCCGUUCAGAAAACCAAUCAUUAAAGCGAAUAAGCCAAAAUCUGUUCAGUGAUAAACUGUUCAGUGAUAAACUAUUAAUCAUUGAUAUAUCAUUAUUAUAAUAUCAUAAAACAUUGAUAUCUCUGGAAUAUUUGGAAAGUUUUCAUGCUGGUUCCUGUGAUUCUGCUCGGGCUUCCGACAAAUUUACUUGGGGGGAAUGUUGAAUGAACCCCAGGUAAUUUGGGUACGUCGUUUCCUCGGUUCUGGGUCGACAUCUUCUGUUCGAUAGAACUUUGUUUCUGCCCUUGUACUUUCGUUUGCAGCCAUCUUAUGCCCUCGCAGCCGUUUACGUGUUCGGGAUGUGGCAAGGAAUUACGUGGAUGGGGGAACCACAAAAAUGCCUGCCCGAAAACUUUGUCCUCUACGCUGGAGCAUGUCCCGAUUGCCUCCACCGGCCCCUCCUCCUCGCAAUCUGCUGGCGUCCCUUCACAGUCAUCUUCCGAGACCGUCAUAAAUUUACUUAAAAAGGCGAGGAGCACGGGGAAAAUUAACAAAGGAAUCCCAAGAGCAGCCCGUGCACUAGCAGCAGAAACCUUUGCUAGAGCUAUUGAGCAAUGUGUGAAGGAACCCACCAUUGUCAACUGGACUUCCCUGCUCCUGUUCGCCUCACAGUGUUUCGCUACUGAUGGAGAGGUUUCGUCGAAGAAGAAAGAAACUCUAACCGGACGUUUUCGACGUCAGCUACUUGAUUUUGAAAGCGGAGUUAGGUCCUCCCCUUGCAGCACCCCCGCAAGCCGUACCCGUGGCGGUAACCAGUCGACAGAUGAUGCAGAGCACCUACGCCGUAUGGUUGAAUCGUAUAUUAACGAGUGCUCUGUUCACAAAGCAGUUGCUCGCUUGGCGUCGGAAGAAAGUGUUUUGAAGAUAGACGCUCAAGUUUUGUCUGUUCUGCACUCAAAGCAUCCCGAUGCUCCUAUCGACACUGUUUUCCCCUCACCUAGCGCCAUCGACAUACCAGCAUUUACUCCUGUUACAACCGCUGAAGUUAUCAGUGCCGUGUUUAGCUUUCCCAGCGGCUCUGCAGGAGGUCUGGAUGGCUUACGUCCCCAGCACAUCAAAGAUAUGCUGAGCUGUAAAGAUGCCGUAGAGUCUCCGUUACGUAUUGCACUCUGCAAGUUAGUUAAUUUUAUCGUGGCUGGUAAGUUACCGGAGGAGCUAAGACCUGCUCUGUUUGGCGCAAACCUGACUGCCCUGUCAAAGAAGGAUGGCGGCGUUCGGCCUAUUGCUGUGGGUAACGUUCUACGAAGACUGGCAGCUAAGAUUGUUGCUAAGCGGUGUGGAAAGAAAGCGAUGGAACUGUUUACUCCCGUCCAAGUUGGAUGUGGUACACGCGGGGGAGCAGAGGGAGCCGUACACGCCGUCAGAAGUUUCAUUUCCGAAGGGAUUGUUGGCCUACGAGUCCUGUUUAAAAUCGACUUCCGAAAUGCUUUUAACACUGUCCGUCGUGAUGUUAUGUUACAGUCUGUUCUAGAACAUUUUCCAGAGUAUUAUCCGUUCGUUUUGAGUGCUUAUGGGGCGUCGUCCGUGCUGUCAUGCAGCGGCAGUGACGAGAACGUAGCGUCCGCCACGGGGAUCCAACAAGGCGAUCCGUUAGGACCACUGCUUUUCUGCCUCGUCCCUCUGCUUUUCUGCAUUAGUUUGUCAUCAAAACUGAGGGUGUUUUUCCUGGAUGACGGUGCUUUGGGAGGCACAGUGGAAGAAGUGGCAGACGAUCUAACAGCAAUCAUCGCCGCCAGCAGCGCCGCUGGACUCCAACUGAACCCUGCGAAGUGCGAGAUGCUACUAAUUGGUGGAAGUGCUGCAGAACGCGAGGUGGCCAAGAACAGGCUGCACUCAAUUGCUCCCGGUGCGAUUGUUUUGCAGCCUGAAACGGUUACGUUUCUUGGUGCACCAUUAACUAAUGAGGCUAUGAAACACUCACUGCAACAGAAAACUGCCUCUUUGAAAAUUUUUACAGAGCGCUUGAAAUUACUUAACGCCCACCACGGAUUCUACCUCUUGCGGAACUGCCUGUCCAUUCCGAAGCUCAUGUAUACGCUGCGUUGCAGUCCGUGCUGGAAAGCGCCGGAGCUGUUGGAUGAUUUCGAUAGACACGUUAAAGAUGCUCUAGAAGAAAUCACUAAUACCAAGUUGGACGGACUUGUGUACACACAGGCAAUGCUCCCUGUUGCCAAAGGAGGUUUGGGUGUGCGGCGUGCGAAAGCAUUGGCUCCUUCGGCCUUUUUGGCUUCCAUGCAUUCGACUCGCCAGUUAACAUUUCGAAUUUUCAACGGCAACAGCGAACAGUUGGUCAACGAUGCGUGCGAAAAUUGGAAGUUGGAGUCUGAAUGUGAAGAAUUGCCGUUGGAUCUGGCACGUGUUCACCAAUUCGUAUGGGAUAACGCGGUAAUACAAAAGGACGUCGACGUUUUGUGGAAUAAUGUUGGUGACGAUAAAAGAGCCGAAGCACGUCUGAGAGCAGUUAGCACAAAGUACGCCGGGGCCUGGCUUAACGCCCUUCCCGCGAAAGUAUUCGGCAACUUCCUGGACGAUCAGACUUUCCGCAUUUCUGUUGGCCUGUGGCUUGGCGCUAAGAUCGUGGAGCAGCAUUCGUGUGCGAGAUGUGGUAAAGAGGUUGCGGAAAACGGAUACCAUGGGUUAGCGUGUAAGAAAUGCAUCGGGAGAAGGGAACGUCAUAACGGCAUUAACGAUAUCAUAUUGCGAGCGCUGUGUAAUGCCGGCAUUGAGUCAUACCCGGAGCCCAUUGACUUUUUGCGCGAAAACGGAAAACGUCCGGAUGGAGCUACGCGUUGGAAGUGGUACCGCGGACAGCCCUUAGUAUGGGACGUUACUUGCAGAGACACGAUGGCGGAUUCAUACAUUGAUGCGCCCUCAAAGUGUGCUGGCGCUGCCGCCGAACUGGCUUGCCGGGAGAAGAUUGGAAAAUAUAAGUCGCUUACUGACCGCUGUAAUUUUGUCGCUUUUGCAUGUGAGACUUUUGGGACUUGGUGUGAGACCGGCAUUGUAACGUUAAAGGAGAUCGGUAAGAAGUUGUUUUUAAGGACAGGUGAGAGUCGCUCUACUUGUUUUUUGUUUCAACGUUUAAGUUUGGAGAUUAUGCGUGGCUAG